GCGGAGGGCGAAGGGCAGGCCAGGGCGCCGCAGACGCGGGGACUCUGGCUCGCUCCCUCCCACCCUCCAAUGCUGAUAAGUUCCCAAGAGUGCAAUUGCUGAGUCAUAUGCUAGGCCCUUUCCUCUGGCCUCAUGUGAUUGAAACCCUUGCUGGCUGGCUGUCCCAUUCUAUUGACCCUUAAUCUUGAUGCUGCUGUCUGAGUCAAUUUCUUGAAGCACAACCGUAGCAAUGGCAUUGCUUUGUUCUAAAACCUCGGUGACUCCCAGCUGCCUGCAGAAUACAGUCCAGAUUCCCUGAUCAAAUGAUGCUGUUUGGAAAAGUUUCCCAGCAGUUGUGUGGAUUAAAGAAACUCCCAUGGUCAUGUGACUCCAGAUACUUCUGGGGCUGGCUGAAUACAGUGUUUAAUAAGGUGGAUUACGAGCGCAUCAGGGAUGUUGGCCCUGACAGGGCAGCAUCCGAGUGGUUGCUGCGCUGUGGGGCCAUGGUACGCUACCAUGGUCAGGAGAAGUGGCAGAAGGACUACAACCACCUCCCAACAGGCCCUCUGGACAAAUACAAGAUUCAGGCAAUUGAUGCCACCGACUCUUGUAUCAUGAGCAUUGGAUUUGAUCACAUGGAGGGCCUAGAGCAUGUUGAAAAAAUAAGGCUGUGCAAGUGUCAGUAUAUCGAGGACGGCUGUUUGCUGAAACUUAGUCAACUUGAAAAUUUACGAAAAAGCAUAUUGGAAAUGGAAAUAAUAUCCUGUGGGAAUAUCACAGACAAAGGCAUUGUUGCUUUGCGUCAUUUCAGAAACCUCAAAUAUUUGUUGUUAAGUGAUCUUCCUGGAGUAAGAGAAAAAGAAAAUCUUGUCCAAACCUUUAAGACAGCACUGCCUUCUCUGGAACUAAAAUUACAAUUGAAGUAAAAGAAUGUAUCUUA